AUGGAAUUGAAGAAAAUCUCAAAUGGCAGAACGAUGCCUUCUAUUGGUUUCGGGCUGUAUCAGCUAUCGCGGGAGGCGACACAGCGAGUGACGACGCGGGCUGUGGAGCGCGGCUGGAGACACUUCGAUGGAGCGCGCGUGUAUAGAAAUGAGCGAGAGCUAGGCGAGACUAUUGCGAACCUCCCCCACAAUCACCGUCGCGAAGACCUCUUCCUUACUUCGAAGCUGGACAAAGCAGGUACAUCGACCUCGGCGCUGGCUGACGUGCGCAAGAGCAUCCGAUAUCACAAGACAACGUAUCUUGACCUGAUGCUGAUCCACUCUGCCACUCCAGGCUACCUCAACCGCAUCGAGGCGUGGAAACAGCUCUGCGAAGCGUACAACACGGGUCUGUGCAGAAGUAUAGGCGUGUCUAAUUACGGCAUUAAGCAUUUGGAGGAACUAAGAAAACUGUGCGAGGAAAAUGAAGGCGUGGUCAUGCCCCACGUCAAUCAGAUUCAACUUCAUCCUUGGCUUCAGAACAGGGAUAUCGUCGCUUACUGCAAAUCUCACGGAAUCGUAGUUCAGGCUUUCUCCCCGCUCGCGCGUGCCUCGCGUUGGCAGGACCCGACUAUCGACAGUUUGGCUAAGAAACAUGGCGUCACAGCUGCACAGGUGUUGAUAAAAUGGUCGCUGACCCAUGGUUUCGUUCCCCUCGUCAAGACUGAGAAUGAGGAUAGGCUGUCGGAAAAUCUUCUCUCAAACGUCCAUUUCAACUUGGAUCAAGAGGAUAUGGCCGCUAUUGACGCUCUCGAUGACCCCAACGGUGCGUGUACUUGGAACCCCGUCAACUGCGACUAG